CUUAGUUCGAAACGCACCGCAACCACGUUGCGGCAAAUGUAAACACAAAGGCUCUGUUCUUGUUUAGCGUUCAUCGUGCGAACAAGUGCUUUUUCUGAGUUGCGUAUUGCGGCGAAAGAAAGCGACUUCGGUUAUCAGACCAGUGAUCCAGCGAUUCUACAAUGAAUCCAACAACACCGGGAACUCGUUCGGCUAAAAACCGUGCGACUACUUCCAAGGAAGUGGGUGAUCGUGGAGGGGAUAGACCCGCAAGGAUGUCCCCCUCCUUCGCUUCCAGGGAGACCCAACUUGGAGGGGCUAGACCCGUAAGGAUGUCCCCCUCCUUCGCUUCCAGGGAGAACCAACUUGGAGGGGAUAGACCCGUAAGGAUGUCCCCCUCCUUCGCUUCCAGGGAGACCCAACGUGGAGGGGCUAGACCCGUAAGGAUGUCCCCCUCCUUCGCUUCCAGGGAGACCCAACGUGGAGGGGAUAGACCCGUAAGGAUGUCCCCCUCCUUCGCUUCCAGGGAGAACCAACUUGGAGGGGCUAGACCCGUAAGGAUGUCCCCCUCCAUCGCUUCCAGGGAGAACCAACUUGGAGGGGAUAGACCCGCAAGGAUGUCCCCCUCCUUCGCUUCCAGGGAGAACCAACUUGGAGGGGCUAGACCCGUAAGGAUGUCCCCCUCCUUCGCUUCCAGGGAGACCCAACUUGGAGGGGCUAGACCCGUAAGGAUGUCCCCCUCCUUCGCUUCCAGGGAGAACCAACUUGGAGGGGCUAGACCCGUAAGGAUGUCCCCUUCCAUCACUUCCAGGAAGACCCAACUUGGAGGGGCUGGACCCGUAAGGAUGUCCCCCUCCUUUGCUUCCAGGGAGAACCAACUUGGAGGGGAUAGACCCGUAAGGAUGUCCCCCUCCUUCGCUUCCAGGAAGAACCAACCGGGAGGGGCUAGACCCGUAAGGAUGUCCCCCUCCUUCGCUUCCAGGGAGACCCAACUUGGAGGGGCUAGACCCGUAAGGAUGUCCCCCUCCUUCGCUUCCAGGGAGAACCAACUUGGAGGGGCUAGACCCGUAAGGAUGUCCCCUUCCAUCACUUCCAGGGAGACCCAACUUGGAGGGGCUAGACCCGUAAGGAUGUCCCCCUCCUUCGCUUCCAGGGAGAACCAACUUGGAGAGGAUAGACCCGUAAGGAUGUCCCCCUCCACGUCUUCCCGUAUCACCCAACAAUUGCAAGGGCAAGUGUUGGGUAAGUUCCCAGUGGUGUCCCUGUCACCUCUGGGAUUCUACCGGCUGAUUGGAACUCCGGAAUCGGAUCCUCAAGAUCUCAGCCGUCAAGGAGGGGCUAGACCCGGUAGGAUGUCCCCCUCCAAUAAAACCAAGGAUGGCCCGCGUCUCAGGGUCUUGUCGAGACAACCAGCAAAUCCACCUGACCCUGUUCAGACGGGAGGCCAAGGCCCGGCAGCGAACACCAGGCUUCGAGAUCAAGCCCGCGCCGGCCUUCGAGCCGCAGUUUCCGAGGCUCAGCCAUCAGCCCCGAUGAAGCUGCCACGAGGUGGGACUACGAAACAACAAGUGCCCCUGCGAAAGGCUCGCCAGACCACCCAACUCGAAGCGCAACAGCAGACCGGCAUGUCCUCUCGAACCAUCCGUGUGAAGGACACCAAGGUCCGCUUCGAUCCAACAUCAACCGCAGAGCAACCCUCCGGAGUUACAAAACAACAUCCUCGGGAUGGGAAAAGCUCUCCGCGGCAAACUGCUGCACCUACAGGCGCCGUAGCACCUUCGAUAUCUGAUGUCAAUGCCACUCUGACCACACCACCGGCGCCUUCAGGUGCUGCACCACCUCCGACACCAAGAAAAUGUACUUGCAAAAGGAAACACCUCGGUGUCAUCAUCAAUUCUCCACCUGAGACCUCAAAGAGGAUGAGGAUGUCCUCUCCUCUCUCUGACGAGGAGGAAACCGAGUCGAUGCCAGCAAAGCUGCACGUCACAGUUGGCGAGCAGACUGGAAGAAUGGUAAUCACUGAGAAAAUAGGACGAACAUCACCUAACGUAACCACAGCAAAGAGGAAACAGGGAGACUCGAGCCAGACUCAUCUUCCCUUCAAGAAGAGGAAGUUCGAAUCUGUGAUGAGUCUUGAGAGUCAUGACAACAGACCCUCCACGUCUCAGACGUCGGAGUCGGCAGACUGUUUACCAAGAAAGCACAACAAGCAGCGUUCACGAGGCAUCCAUCCUAGAUGUGCUUUCAUAAGGAGCAUUUUACCACCAACUCCUCCAUCAAGACCAACCACACACCUGCCGACACCAGAGCGCCCCCUACGAGGGCUCACUGCGGAAAACAUUACCCAACUAAUGGGUUUGGUACAGAAAAUUUCCUGCAAAAGGAAGCUAAAUUUAGGACCACGGCCAUCACCAGAGGAAGGCCUGAGUCCAAAUAAGAAGUCGAAGUCUUCCACCGAGAGCUCACCAACUCCUCCUGUCUCCAGCCCUUCCUCACCCAUCAACAUCCCAUGCUUAGACCCUGGGGAUGUAGAGAGUGUGUUGAACGACCAGGGUUGCCCAAUAAGUCUCGGUGCGGGAGACUUCGGCGAGGUGCUACUGAUGCGAAAGAAAUCAGACGGUGGCCUUUUGGCGGUGAAAAGACUCAAGUUCUCCAACUGCCCUCAGAAGGCCUACAGAGAGAUGCUUAUUGAAAUCAAGGCCAUGAUGGCAGUGUCGGGGCUGAAAGAGUUCCCAAGAUUCAUUGGGAUCAUCGACGAAAGCACCUUUGCUAUGGAGUUCGUCGGGGACCCAAAGACCUACUCGGCGAAGAGUGUGCAUUCCUGCAUGCUGGACCGAAGCCUCCUGACUACCGUGGACCGCGCGCGCGUCUCCAUUGACAUCACACGCGGACUGAUCAAGCUCCACCAAUCAGGUUGGUUGCACAAUGAUCUCCAUAAUGGCAACGCACUGGUGUGUACAGACCCUACCACCGACCAACCAACAGCCAAAAUCAUUGACAUGGGUAAAGCUUCCAGGAUCAACAAACCGCCUCCACCGAAUCGGUUCUGCAAGAGCGUGAAGUCUUACCACUACAAGAAUUGCCAGCAGAUUGCUCCUGAUAUUGUGGAAGGUACAUCACAAGUCAAUGAGGCUAGUGACGUCUACAGUCUAGGUAUACUACUCAAGGACAUCGCCCUCAAUAUACGGGAUCUGAAAUACGUCAGAAACCUUGGGAUAAGGUGCUGCCAUAAGAAUCCUGCCAGGCGACCUACUCUAGCAACCGUGCUUGGAGAUCUGAAGAAAUUUCAGGAGAAACUGGUGGCUCGGAAAAUGAAAGAAACACAGAUGAUUCAGACAAGAUAGUGGUUAUGAAUUAUUUUUGUCAGUCAUUAUCAUCACUCUUGUUGGUCUAGGAAAUGGCCUUCCAAGUCAUGCACGAAACCGACGGAUCUUCUUAAAUCCUUUAGAGGUACGAUCGGUUGUCUUACCAUUGCGUGGAUGUCUAUGGCGGAUGUACCCAGGUGUAGGCUUAUGCACCAAGCUGCUAGCUGUGCAGAUUUCUUCUGC